GCGUGCGCGCAGGUGCACUUGUUUGUGAUAUGCACCGGAGGCACUACGUGUGGGAGCGCAUAAAUCUUCGGUUCAAACACAUCGAGACCGCACCGAUACAGCGAGAGAGAGUUAGAUAUUCAGUCUCCACUCCAGACCUCUCAAGAAUGAAUAGGGAAGUGGAUGCUGAUGUCACACCAGAAGUGAUGUCACAGCUGUUUUCCAUUAGUGAACUCCAUUAUCUUGUGAUUUGAACUCUAUUUUCAGUUUGAGCUACUCUCAGUCCCCUGGAAAUAGCCAGUGUCCAGUGUUGUAGUUACUGUGCAAUACUAGCCAUUCAUUACCUGUGGUGUGGGAGACUAGGAACUCUGCAUAGUGCACAAACACUGUCACCAUAAGUGUAGUGCUCUGUGAGCGUGCAGCAAGAUACUUCCCCUCUAGCCAUAAUAAUAUACUCCCUGGGUGGCAUGUUAUCUGCUAGCUGGAAUAGAGGGUGUUUUUUUCCUGGAACCCAGUGACUUAGCUUCACAUGGGAGUUUUGAUUGUAGUAAACAGUUUACAUAUGAACCACCUGAGAGACAUACAGAAAAACCAUUACUAUUACUCCCUGUAGCAUGAUUAUCGUGAGGGAUCCACGAAUAGUGACAUGCGCUGUUGCUGAAUUACGCUGUAUGUAUAGUGCCCAGGCUUGUGUAUUUCAGCUGCCCCACAUUCAAGUUAAAGGUAAAUGUGAAGCAUGUGGAUCUCUGAGCUGUUGAUGCAGGUUGUCGGUGAAAGCAGGAAGAAAAUUGCACACAUCUGUGUACCAUAAUGCAUGCCUUAGCUCGUGCAUGUCACAUGCAGUGUGCUCAACAAUGAUAAAUAGAUAGGAAACGAAUGACUACGUAAAGAGAUGAUGAACAGAAUAAUGGUGUACAUCAUGUCAAUCAUUCCUGUAGGACAAGGAACUUUGGUUGUCAUGGCGACCAACCCAAACACCGGGCAGCUGGGUCAAUCCUCCGGUAGCUCAAAGAACAGGUUCUGGAGUAAACUCCGGGGUCCUCCGAAACUACCCCGAGACGCAAGCGGGGUACCUCAGACAGUACCCCCGUAGUCCCACCUCCUGCCUUACCCGUCUCCCGCCCCACCCCGACACCAACCAAGAAAACCACACCCACUCCGAGCAGCGAUAACGUGUUUGUCUCCUAUAAUUACACGACGGAGGAGAUGACACUGUCAGAGUUUGCCCAGCGCUACCAGAGCAACCUGCCGCAGCAGGUGGUGGUCACUCACGGAGUCUACUGGAGAGAUAACAUGGAGGUCAACAUCUCCAGCUCUGAGAGACUCAACAUUCACUUCAUUCGUCACAGAGAGUCCGUGAAGAUCAAGGAGCUGGGCAGCAGUACAGAGUAUUCAGUGCCAGUGACAUCAACGCUGGAGUUUGGCGCAGUGUACAAUCCCUACAACGGAAACAUGAAAGACGCCCUGCGAGGAUUCUUUUACCCCACUGUGGGCGACGUCAUCAAGAUCACCGAGAACGCUCCCCUCCCGAAACUCAUCCGUGCAACCUCCAAGUCCAGCAUGACCACACCUGCCAACUGUGUAUCUAGGGGGGAGCUCCUACUGAUUAAGGAGGUGCGUUCCGACGAGCAUCUGGGAUUCCGAGAGCUCCACGUGACGAGUCUCACGACAAAUACGGACAAGAUUCUUCACGAGAGCUGUCGCGGGAACUUCACCACACGACCAGAGGCCAUCAAACUCUCCCUCUUCUCCAUAAUCAAACACAUCCCCAACGCACUCCCGCUCUCCGUCAUGAUUUUCCCAGGGGAGGGCACCCUAGACCAGGGGGACAUGCACUACCCGAGCCACCUCUUCCACAAGGUCAUCCAACUCUCCCGGACUUUCACUGAUGUUCUUCUCGUCGCCAGCAGCGUGCCCGAGGACAGCGUGUGUGAUGGGCGAGAACCGUUUGAAAUCCCGCAGGAAGUCGAACUGGAGCUGAGAGUGGUGGAAUUAAGGGAGGGAGAUCGCGAGCAGCUGCAGGAGAAGAGCGACACGAUAAUGAGGAAGAUCCAAGGAGAGUACGUCAAGCACUAUCGCAACGCCCACCAGGCACAGGCAGAGUACGUAGUGCAGGAAAUGUUCUUGAAGGCAGUGGGUGGACUGGGCGAUGAGAAAGAAAGGGUCCCAGUCGCCCCUCCAAGGAGGAAGAAGUCAGGGUCUGUGGAAAAGGAGGAGAGUGAUUAUCCCAAUGUGAGUCCGGUACAAGAGGGAGUGUUGUCGCGACUUGGAAAACUUGAACAACUCGUGUGGAAGAUGAAGAAAUCUCGAGUUUCGACCAGUGCCAGUGAGGACCGAGCAGAGGAGGAACGGGAGGAUGAAACAAAGGAGAGAGUCAGCAAAGAGACUGCUUCAGUCGUGGAAUCCCUGCAGGAGAAGAUGAGGGAGACGGAGGAGAAGACGGGGGAGAAGGAGGAGAAGAUGAGGGAGAAGGAAGAGAAGAUGAGGGAGAUAGAGGUGAAGGUGGAGGCCCUGGAAGCGACAGUGUCACAGCUACGUUCCCUGCUUGAGGAACAGCAGAAACAGAACCAAGAGGAGCUGGGGAGAGUGAGUGUGGAGCUGGUAGCCAUGAGGGAGGAGAUGAAGAGGAAUGAGGCAGAGGCUAACCAACAGGGGACCUCUCCCUACCUGCUGGGUUCCCCAGAGACUUCCCAGAGGAACAGAGACAUUGUCCAAAGUCUGACAGCAGCCCAGGUCCUCCAGCUCCUGACAGAGGUGGGAGUUGAAGAUCUCCUGCUAGCCACUCAGGAGAACGUUUCGGGAGACAUUCUGGUGGAGCUGAACGAAGAGGAGCUGGAGACAGAGCUGGGCAUCAGGAAGAAGAUCCACCGACUCAAGGUCAUGAAGAUCAUCAACGGCUCUAAACCUGUCACUGACUACCUCAAGAUGUCAGAGGCUAACAGUAUGGACAUCGUCUGCUAGCCAUCACUUAUAUAUACUACUGUGUAUUACUUGUAUUUGUAUAUAUCACAUUGUAAUACUGUGGCAAAUGUGCACUAAUGCAGUUGUCUAUAAUGUCAUAUGCUUUGAAGUGAGGAUCUUACGUUGCCAAAUAACGCUCCACAAUAGGUGCAUGCGUUCACCUAUA